AUGUCGAGAGAUUUAGACACUGCAACAAAAGAAAACAGCGAUUUCCAUGUAUUUUUAUCCCAGUCUUUAUUUUCUAAUAGAAUUAAAGAAUAUCUAUAUGGGUUCUUUGGGCAGCUCUUCAAAACAAAAUACAGCCAUAAAGUAAAGUUCAGAAUCCAGCUUGUAUAUGAGCUUCUUAUCAAUUUUACCUUUAUUUUGCAGCUUUCUCCUUUGUGGUGGUCUCCAAGCAUGAAAGCAUCAGGAUGGAGCUCAUAUCGAGGAUUUUGGCAAGGGAUUGCCUUUGUCAGCUAUGAUGAAGUUUGUGCUUAUUUUUCAAUUAUGAAUUUUUGCCUUUACGGGACGAUUUUUUUGAUAGGAUCUUGCAUUGGGUCAUUUUUGAUAUUUGGAUUUUAUGCUAAUUCACAUGAUUGUUAAUUAUUAUUUCCUGUGAAAAUUAAAGUUAAAAUAUAAAAAAUGGCUUUAAUUGAAACUAUUCAGCAUAUAUUUACUUUGGAAAAGAGAUUCCUUUGAUACUUUCCAUUUUGCCUCGAAAAAUUGCUGUUCUUUUAACUACAGUUUGCAUUAUUCCAAGCACGAUGAUUUUUGUUAUGAUGAUAAAAUACUCAAUAGUAAAAUACGAAAAAAUCCAAGAAUACGCAGGAGAGAUGUCAUCCAGUGUAUAUAACUAUGGAGUAUGAGGAGUUUUUCUAGGACUUUUCUGCCUCUGGGCUUUGAUUUUUGUAAAUAUUUUUAGCGAGUCAUUUAGCUGUGAUAUGAAACAUUCCCAUUCACAGAAAAAUUUAAAAGCUCGGUCAUGUGCUAGUUUUGACUUGCAAAGAAGAGGGUUUUAUAUGAUCAUGUGCAUUUUAUAUAUUUUUCUAAUAUGAAUGAUCACCCUAUUUUUGAAAAAUUAAUACUAAAUAGCUUAUUUUUAGGUUUUUAAAGAUAUUUAAGGCAUAAUCUAUCCUUUCUGCAAUAGUUUAUGUUUCAUUUGGAAACUCUGAUCACGCCUUUGCUUAUCAAAUUGUUUUACUUAUGGGCUCAUUAUAUCUUUUUACAAUAUGCGUUAAAUCUGCACAAUAUUUUAACGUAAUUGAAAACUCUAUUCAAGCUUGUAACCUAGCGGUGAUUUCUUCUACGCUACUGUUUUUUAUUUUUGCACAGAUUUUAGAUAAUGCUUUAAUCAUCAUGCUAUUUACUUUCUGCAUACUGCCUAUUGUAGUUUAUCUUACUACAAUUAUGGUAAAUAAAAAGUACCAAAAUUUAAGGAAAAAUCCAAAUAUCCCUAUAAAUCAAUAUGAAUUUGAAAGAAAAUUCAGGCAUCUCCUCAGUGGCGAAAAAGCAACAAAUAAAACCAAAAUUUUGAAUUUAUUCUUAAAAUUUUGAAAAGAAAGCCAAUUUAUUAAGGACAAGUUGUUUGUUAUAUGAGAAUUUAAUUUUUGUUUAGAUAUGCUAAAAGAUGAAAGACUUGCAAGAAUUAAGCUCUCAAAAAUUGCUUAUGCGAAGUCUUCAUUUGAAGGUGAUGUACAGGAAUGAUUAGAUUAGAUUAAGUUCGUGAGGGUCUUCGCGGUUUAUUUCAGCCACUCGCCGCCUUCUCCCACUUCAGCCUCUCGGCCUAGGCAUGGGAUAGCACUUACGCCCUUUUUGUCGACGUCACCAAAAAAUGGUGACGUCAGCGCUCUCGAGGUGACACACCCAGGUACUUCUUGGGGCAACUCCUAUCGGCCAGCCCGUCCGUCCGGAGGUGGGAGACGGUAGGUGUUCUGAAGCCUCCUCCUGUCCUUCAUUAUUACCUUCGUUGUCAGGAGUGUGGGGUUGCCUUUGCGACUCUGGUCUUCUUGUCAUAGGUCGAGGUAAAAACCCUGCCAUGGUGUCCUGGCCAGGGAGAAAAAACCUACCCCGGACACAAAUUCUCCAGGCCCCAUCCCUCUUAGACCCACAAUGCCCGAGGCAGUGGGAGAAGGACGGGUCAGAGUAGUCACCAUUUUUAUUUGUGUAUACAGGAAUGAAGAUUAUUCAAUUGGCUUGUCAGGAAAAAGCACUCUUCAUUUCCUGACACAAGCUAUUUAGAAUAUUUAAAAGAGUUUAGUAGGAUUAGAAGCCAAGAUGAAGAGCUUUGCAUGAUUUUGACUGAAUUACAAGCUGAGUUUUCAUUAAAAAAACCAAGGAUACAAAAAUUGGUAAAUUUAGUGAGGAGGUCGGCCCAGCAUAUUCUUUAUGUAUCAGAUGGGUACAAAAAUUUGAUAGAAAAAUACAAAAAAUUAGAAGCUUUUGAAAUAUAUGCGAGCUAUCUUGACGAUAUACUUACUUCAAUAUGUGAAUUAUUUUAUGGAAUUUUAGAGAUUUUAGUGAAAAAGAAAAAUUAGCUUAGACUUACUCCCCCCCGUGAGUGAACAAAACCAUUGGAAAAAUCCCUAUUUUUUGCCCAAAAACCCACAAAAAUUUUCUUAAUAGAACAAUAUUUUUAUGAAAAAAAAAUUGAUAUAUAAGUGCUAAUUAGUAUAAUGUAAUCUCGAGCUAGUUCUGCUUAUUUUUAAAACAAAUGCGUUUUAAAAAAUAAAUUUUAUAAAUUAAAUUAAUAUUUGCUUCCCAAUUUUUUGCAAAUUAGGAUUUUUUUAAAAAUUUCGAAAAAAAAAUUUCUAAAUUAUUGACAUAUAAAUGGUUUUUAAAAAAAAAAAUUUAACCCCCCUCCAUGAGUGAGCAAAAUUUUUUUGUUCUCUCACAGAGUGGGGAGAGUUAGCAACAUUUUUAAAAAAUAUAUUUUUUGAUAAAUAUUUUCAAGGCUAUUAAUAGGGAGAUUUAGUUAUCAUGAAGAAGCAAAAGCUAUUGUAAGAAAGAAAAACGGAAUUAAUUUUUUUAAUAUAAAUCGUGAUGCAAGAAGCUUAGAAAACUAUGGAAAAGAUCUCGCUGCAAUUCUUGUUUCUUGCUCCGAUGAAAAUUUUGGAACUAUUGUAAGGACCCCCCCCCCCCUCAUUUGUCGAAUUUUCUAGUCUUUUUUUUAUAAGAAUUUUUUUUUUUUCAGGACCCCAUUUGUCCCAAAAUCUAGUCAAAAACGAUUUGUCCAAUUUUCUAGUCUUUUUUUGUAUUUUUUCGAAUGCCCUAAAUUCUAGUUUUUUACUUUAAAAAUACUAGAAAAUGAGACAAUUGAGAUCCUGAAAUUUUUUUUUCUCUAUCAAAAAUUUUGACUAGAAAAUUGGACAAAUGAGGUCCUAAAAACAUUUUUUUUUUCCUAUAAAAAAAACUAGAAAAAUGGACAAAUGAUAAAAGACUAGAAAAUUGGACAAAUGAGGGGGGUCCUUAUAUAUCAAUGAAAAAGCUGCUCAGGUACUAAAAUCAACAGUUGGGAAUAUAUUGGGGUCUUCUAUUAUGAAUUAUAUUCCUCAACCUUAUGAUUCUUUGCAUGAAAAUCUGAUGAGGAAUUUUAUCCUUCAGUGCGACUCAAUAUCACUCUCAACUCAUGAAAAGCUUUUUAUCCAGAGCCACGGUGGGUAUAUAGUUGAGUGCAAUUUUUUAAUAAAAUUGACCGCUUUUCACAAUUGCGCUUAUUUUUUAUUGUUGUUUUAAAAAAAUUUUUCUUUAUAAGCUUAUAUAUAUGAAAAAUCCAAUAAUAGCUAGCAAAAUACUAAUGAAAAAUAUGAAAUGCACUAUAAUUUCAUUUAGACCUGCUCCAAACAUAAGAGAAAUAGCUUUAAUUACUGAUGAAGGCAUUAUUAUGGCUCAUACCGAGUUAUUUUCAUAUUAUCUUACUAAUCAAGAAAAAGACUUAAAAAACAAAAACUUAUCGGAGUUUUUGCCUUUUAGCAAUAUAGAAAAUUUGCAUGAUUUUGAGCCAUGAAUUCUUCCAUAUGGACUAAGUGAGAUGCUUUUAGUUAAAACCAAAAAGCAGAUAAAAAAUAUUUCCUUAAACAUCCUCAUUCUAAUAUAAUUUAGCAUAUUGAAUCAAUUCACUAGAUUAUUUACAAAACUAUAAAAAUAAUCUGGAAUUAUUCUACUAAAGAACCUUAUCAUACAAAUUCAGCAUACACGACGAAAACGAAAUUAAAAAAUGAAAAGAGGGCCAAUCAGAAGACAUCAUUAGGCACUUAGGCUCAUUCCAAAUGCCUACUGAAGAUAACGAAUCAACCAAUAACGUCGUUCCAUUUUUCCCAAAGCAAAAACCUUUUGAAGUAAAAUUCCACUCAAUGAAUUCUCAGUCCACUUCCACAAAACUAGUCGAAAAAACAGAAACUGAUAUUUUUGCUCGCUCAGAUGAAACUUAUAUUGACCAAGGAUACGAAGAAAGCCAGCCUAACGACAAAAGAUCAAAUUCCUCAAAAGCAUCGUCGAUUAAAAACCCAGCUGCAGAACUAUUAAACCAUACCGAAAAAUUGCUGUCAAACACAAAACGAAAAAUAAAAAUAUUGCUGAUUGUACUGUUUCUUGUGGUAAAAAAUAUUUAGAUGUCGUCUGUUAUUAUAACAGUUGUUGGGAUUUUAGCGUAUAUGAAAAAUGAUGUAUUACAUACAAAUGCAUUGAGCUCGUUUAGGCAUUUUGGGGAUUUAAUUUAUGAGUUUGGCCUUUCAGCAGACUUAUCAUUAACUUUAGAUAUUCUAUAUUAAUUUUCUUAAUUUUAUGGUAAAAUGACUGAUUUCUUUAUUUUCCUGAAAAAUAGGCUAAUUAUAUUAAUUUUAUAAAAUGCAGGUUUAAGGCAGCAUACAUUGAUAAAAACUGAUAGCUCUUAUACAAAAAUUGAUAAAGUUGCGGACAGCUUAGAAGGCGUUGUUUUAGAUCUCGAAUAUUUACAAGAAUCAAUUUUUCAAGACUUUGAGAAAUGGAGCUACUGCAAAAGUUAUGAAAUUACCGACAGAUCUGUAAUUCCUCUAUGGAUUUUUGAUGAAAAACGUCCAGAAAUUUUAUUCAAUAACUUAUAUGACGCUAUAGCAAGAUUCAUCACAAAUGUAAUUAUCAUAUAGGGAAAAAAUGUAAUUUCUUCAGUUCGACGAGAAAAAAAUUACGAAAAAUAUGCAAAAUUUUUAUUUGUAAACGGCCUAGGAAACAUGUUCCAUUACUCAAAUCUUACAAUGUCAGAAUUAGUUGACUGUGAAGUCGACAGAGUAAAAAGCACAGGAGAAAUGAUUAAUAUUCUUUUGCUUUUUGGGUUUGGCACUUUAGGGAUUUUGGUUUUAGUAAUUGUGGGGUAUAUAAUACUUGUGUCAAAAAAAUAUGACGAAUUUUGGAAUUUUAUUUUAAAUCACACACAAUUGCAAAUGAUUAUGAUAAGAUGUGCAGCAAUUGAUAGGCUUGCAACAACUCAUGGAGUUGAAAACACUUUUGAUGUAAAUUUAGAUGAUAAAAUAAAGCCAAGCUAUAUAAGAAAAGUCAAAGGCACCUUAUAUAAAGAGUAUAUAAGAAGACUUAUGAUAUUUUUCGUUAUAGCUGCGUCUUAUUACUUGUUAAUUUUCAAUUAUUUGUACCCAAAUCUCGAUCAAACUAUGAUAAAUCGUCCAAAACUGCUUAACAAUUUUAUAAUUCGAAGAUCCCUCCUAUCAAGAUCAUCAAUUUUUUCCCAAAGAAAUUAUCACGAUUUCUAUUAUUACUGUCUCCCAGACCUCUAUAACUCUCCAAAUUCUGAAACAAUCAAAGACCUCACUAUAAAAAAAUUAAAAGAAAAAAAUACCGAAAUAAAUGAACAAAAAUUUUUUAAUUUAAUUUCUUCAGAAUUAAAACGAAGACUGUAUGAGACAAGUGAGGCAACAAUUAAAGAAUUAAAAGAAGGGACUCAGGCUGCGAUUGAUGUAAUUAUUAGAGAUAUUGAAAAUUAUGGAAAUUCUAGCUAUGCUUACGAAGACAGUGUUUUAGAAUUUGCGAGUAAAGUUAAGGUAAUUCAAGAUGAGAUAGGAGAUUAGUUAGAAUAGGUCUGAUGAGAUGCCUUACUGAACUCGGUAAAAGCCUUCCUCUAUAGGUGAGUCCACGUCCACCGGUAACAACCGGAAAUGAGAACCCUGCAGCCUGGAGGAUGGGAACCGUACAGAAAGUCUGUAAGUAGCUGAAAUGUCCUAGUGACAUCUUCGGGUUAGCUCAAUCAUUCUAAUCGCCAUACAAACUAGAAUUCUGAUCAAAAAAUUAAGUACUAAGUAUGAAUUAAGAUUCCAGGCCGAAGUUGCCCAAGACGCUGUAGGUCGAGGAAAAAAAGGUUGCUUAGCCUAGGAUGAGCAUCCUCCUGCAUUCCAAUAAGUUCAACUCUACGGUAACCAAGAGAUCUUGUCACAUUAAUAAAAGUUGAGAUUGGUGAAGAGUUUGAUUUAGCAGAUAGAGACUCAAAAAACAUUAUAGAUAGCCAGCUGAACACUAUUAUAAACACCACAAUCAUUUACUCAGUAGCUCUAAGUGCUUUGUUUUUCUUUUAUUAUUUUCCAUAUUUGAACUUACAAAUGAACCAACUUAAGCUAUUCGCAGUAUUGCCAAGCAUUUUGCCUACACAAAUUGACUAUUAA